AUGCUCUGCCCACCUCUUGCCUUGGGAGUGCUGGUGCUCAGCCUGGCAGGUGCCAUGGAGAUCCAGGUCCCGGAUGAACCUGUGGUGGCUCUUUUUGGCCGAGAUGCCACCUUGCGCUGCUCCUUCUCCCACGAGGCCAACUUCAGCCUCAAUGACCUGAUCCUCAUCUGGGAGCUGACAGACACCAAGCGCUUGGUUCACAGAUUCUCUGAUGGCCAGGACCAGCUGGCGGACCAGGGUGGGGGCUACACCAACCGUACAGCCCUCUUCUACGACCAGCUCGCCCAGGGCAAUGUCUCGCUGCUCCUCCGGCGUGUGGAGAUCUCAGACGAGGGCAGUUUCACGUGCUUCGUCAGGGUCCGCAACUACAGCAGUGCAGCCGUGACAUUACAGGUGGCAGCUCCUUACUCCAAGCCCAAUAUGAACCUGGAGCCCAACAAGGACUUGAAGCCAGGAGAUCUGGCAGCCGUGACUUGCCAUGCCUCCCGUGGCUACCCUGAGGCCAGCGUGCUCUGGCAGGACAGCCAGGGCAGCAACAUCACGGAAAAUGUCACCACAUCCCAGGUGGCCAAUGAAGAAGGUCUCUUUGAUGUGCGCAGUGUCCUCCAGGUGCUGGUGGAGCCCAGCAGCACCUACUCCUGCCUGGUGCGAAACCCAGUGCUGCAGCAGGAGACCCAAGCUUCUGUCACCAUCACGGGCCAACACCUCGCCUUCCCUGCCGUGGCUCUUUGGGUGACAGUGGGACUUGCGCUCUGCGUUGUGGGGCUGCUGGCUGUCCUGGCCUACAUGUGCCAAAAGAAAAUCCGCCAGAGCUGCAAGGAAGAGGAUGAAAAUGCAGGAACGGAGGAGCGGGAUGAGGAGGGGGACGAACCCAAGACAGCUCUGCAGCCGCUGAAGGGCGCCGGGAGCAAAGAUGAUAACGAGGAAGAAAUUGAUUGA